CUCAUCAAAUAACCUCCAGGAAAAUACACAUUUCACCAUAGACAACGAAUAGAAUAAUUAAUAUACUAUUAUAAUACACAUUUCACCGUGUAUAGGUACAAUAAUUUCUGAGUAAUCUGAUUUAAUCAACGUAAUAUAUUAUAUUGUAAUCAGGUAUUUUUCAAUAUACCUAAAACUAACAGCUAUCAGAUUUUCGACCACAGAACAAUCAAAUACAGUAGCGUACUGUUGCUGUUUCGCAGCUCUAAAAUAUGAGUUAAAUGUGUUUAAAGACAGAAAAAAAUCCAAGGGUAUAUUUAGCAAUACCAAAGGGUGAUUUAAAUCUUUGUAAUCGAUCAAAAUCACACCCGAAUUUAUCAGAGAAUGUGUGAUAUGAUAGUAUGUAGCUAACACUGGCUAGCCAUGCAACAUUUAAUUUGGAUGGCUUCUCGUCUUGUGUCCAGCUCCAAUGAUUUGCGCAUGAAAUAAUAAGUAACUAUGUCUCGAGUUACCAAGAAAGCGUCAUCUGUCUGUACAGACAGCCCACUGAGCAUGAGUGAAGUCUGUCAGAAGAUGACACUGAUGAGGCAGAUCCUCACCUCUUGUUUCGGACCCAAUGGCAGACUGAAGCAAGUCCAUAACAACGUAGGUGGACACGUCUUGACCACCUCCACCUCUACAUCCCUACUUCAAGCUGUUUCCUCAUCGGAGCCGUUACUCAAACUUAUAACUGCCUCCAUCCUAAACCACCUGUCUCGGUUCAGUGACUGUGGUCUGUACACUGGCAUCCUCUGUUUUUCCCUCAUUGACCAUGUUCAGAAGUCAGGCUUGAGACCAAGUGUUGCGAUCAAAAUCAACAAACAACUUUUGGAGGUUUGCACCAGUUUCCUCAACCAGGAGGACUGUGGCUGUAAAGUGAAUGUCGAUUUCAACAGCUGCCAGAGCUUGGUGACACUAGCCAGGAGUGUCAUCUCUAGCAAACCUGCCUGUGUGUUGACUGAGGGUGAACAACAGCAUAUCAGCACGUUGGCUGUCCAUGCCUUUCUACUGACUGUCCCCUGUGGUGACACCCUGAGCUCCCCAGUCCGUCUUGGUAGGACUGUGACUGUCUCCAUCGAGGGACAGUUUGUUCUAGAUUCUACAGUGUUUCCAGGUUUGCUGGUGAAUGUCCCAGACAUGCAGCUUCACCCCACAGACUCGGAGAGAAUCAGACGGGGGCCCGGUCCCUUCCGACUGGCCCUGUUCACGGUGUCUCUCUCAGGGGAUCUAUCUGAGUUUGGAGAGGGCUUCCUGGAGGUGCACUGUGGAGCCCCUGACCCAGAAGACCUAAUCCUGGAUCAGUUACUGAAGCUGGGAGAGCAGGCAGUUACAGACCAGGUGGAGGUGUUUAUGUGUCAGAGAGUAAUACACCCUGUACUGCAGCAUUACCUCCGGAGGCACGGGCUCUUGGUCGUAGAGAGACUCGGCAUUGCACUCAUUCAGCCCAUUGUUCAAAUGACAGGUGCUCAAGCAGUGGCAUUGUACCAGACCCCUAUCCCUCCUGAGGCCUAUGGCCAGGUGAAAGGCUGCUUUGUCAGGACUGUUGGAUCCAGAAAGAUGCUGCAUCUCCUUCCACCUCGGGAACCAGUACCAGCUGUCUGCACUAUGGUCCUCUGCCACAGGAAUGACACCAUGCUCAAUGAACUGAAGGCUGCGUGUCAGAGGGCAGAGCAUGUGUUGAGGCUGACCCUGAGAGACCCAGUAGGUCUGCUGGGAGGAGGAUGCACUGAGACACACAUGGCAGCCUACGUCAGUAACAAGGGCACUACUGAAGCAGCGGAGGCAGCGUUAUCCCUGGGAGUCUCCCAGUCUCAUUACCUACUGGGACUGAAUGGAUUCUGCUCCUCCCUGGAGACCGUAGCGCUGGCGCUGGAGCACGAUGGAGGAACCAACCUCGUAGACCUCACCUACGCCCACCACUGGCCUGUGCCCCAGGGAGAGGGACUCCAGCGGGGUGAUGAAGGUGAGGUUCCAGCCACCUGUGGCUGUGGCCUGGUGGAGAGGAGCUCCAGGCCUGGGCUGGAGUGGACCCCCCUCAACACCAGGUACCCUUUACGUCAUGCCCCCCUGGUUGUGGGUAAGGACACUACCCCUACCCCUCAGCUCAGGGUACUGGACUCCUUCACAGCCAAACUCAAUGCUCUGCAGGUUGCCGUGGAAAUGGCUAAUCUGGUACUGGACAUUGGAUACGUCAUCCAAGAUGUCAACUGACACCAACCUCUCUCUCUCAAUUCAAAGGGGCUUUAUUGGCAUGGAAUGUGUUUACAUUGAAAUAAACUGUAAACAAAACAAUGACAAUCAGCUUUUAACAGUUAACAUUACACACAAACCUUUCAAGAGAAUACCAACAUUUAAAAUAUGAUAUUACUAGCGGUUAAAAAAUCUAGUAUAACAUUUAAAAUGUUACAUAAGCUAGGUGUUGUGACAAUGUGCAAAUAGUAGACUGUACGAAUGACAGGGGUGGGAAUGAAUAGGCAGAUAGAUAUAGGUUUUAUUACAUUGUUGUUUCUGACCCACUGGUCGACCUUUUCGUGUGGCAGCAGGUCACACAUCUUGCUACUGUGAUUGCACACUGCGAUAUUUCGCCUAGCAGAUACAGGAGUUUGUCAAAAUUAUAUGUGUUCGAUUUCUUUGUGGGUUUGUGUAAUUUGAGGGAAAUAUGUGUCUCUAAUAUGGUCGUACAUUUGGCAGGAGGUUAGGAAGUGCAGAUCAGUUUCCACCUCAUUUUGUGGGCGGUGGGCACAUCUUCUCUUGAGAGCCAGGUCUGCCUACGGCGGCCUUUCUAAAUAGCAAGGCUAUGGUCACUGAGUCUGUACAUAGUCAAAGCUUUUAAUUUUGGGUCAGUCACAGUGGUCAGGUAUUCUGCCACUGUGUACUCUCUGUUUAGGGCCAAAUAGCAUUCUAGUUUGCUAUGUUUUUUUGAAAAUUCUUUCAAGUGUGUCAAGUAAUUAUCUUUUUGUUUUUCUCAAAUUUUGGUUGGUUCUAAUUGUGUUGCUGUCCUGGGGCUCUGUGAGGUCUGUUAGUGUUUGUGAACAGAGCCCCAGGACCAGCUAUUCUCUAGGUUAAUCUCCUUGCAGGUGAGGGCUUUGUGCAAUGUUUGGUAAUCGCUUUCCUUUAGGUGGUUGUGGAAUUUAAUGUCUUUUUUCUGGAUUUUGAUCCCUAGUGGGUACAGUAGGGGGGAAAAGUAUUUGAUCCCCUGCUGAUUUUGUACGUUUGCCCACUGACAAAGAAAUUAUCAGUCUAUAAUUUU